AGUAGCAGCAGCUUCCUGUCACGUGACCGCCACAGUGGGAUCACGUGACUCCAGUCGCUGAAAAUGAAAGCUGGGCACAUCCAGCUGAAACCUGCGCUGCUCACCCUGAUCUUCACCGCUUGUCUGUACGCGGGGGGCGAGCGGACUGAGCCGCAGGUAUGCAGUCUGUGCAGCGGCUCUGUGCUCAACGACACUUCGGUAGGGGAGUUUUGCUCCGCGUCCGCCGGACGGACACUCGGCCGCUGCUGCCUGAGACCUGACAACAAAACUGGCCCUGAACGCAUCAUCGGGUUGGAUCUAUCCAACUGUUCACUCACUCACGUAGAGGAUCUGCAUGAGGCUUCGACGGCGGUAAUCAUAGACCUCUCACAUAAUCCCAUUGUGAACCUCAGCGACACAGCGUUUCAAGGAUUUAUUGAGUUAAAUUACUUGAUUUUGCCCGGGGACGUAGAUUGUCCAGCAGGCAACACGUCCUGGUCGAAGGUGGAGCUCAAAGAGGGAAAUCGUCUCUGUGAAGGCCAGACAAACAUGUGUAAUCAGACCGGACAGCUGUCCAUGAACUGCCCGGAGAACUCCCUCUGCGCCCCCUACGGGCCCGGCUUCUUUGAGUGCAGCUGUGCUGACGACUUCCAUGGAUACAAGUGUCUGCGAGAGGGGGAGUUCCCGGCUCUCCAGGUGUUCGGGCCCCUUGGAGCAUCUGCAGUCGUGAUCUCUUUCCUGCUGUGGGUCACUCAGAGACGUAAGGUCAAACCACUCUGAGACGCCGAGCUGCAGUCGGCUGCUUCUUAUCUUUACCUGCACUCAUCUACUGAACUGAAACUGACUCCUCUGAAAUAGCAAAUGCUGACUCGUAGUCUGAACUGACCCCGUUUCAUUUAGACCUUUUAUUUUAAAUCCUCUCCGGGGCAGGUAUGUUUUAUUCAAGGGAAUUUUAAAGUCUGACAUGAUAGACGUUUUUUUACUACUGAAUUACUUGUGCAAUUUUAAAGGAAGGAGUUUUUUAAGAAAGAAGACCACUUUUAACACUUGAGUUUACUUAACUGACAAGAUACGAA